AUGAUCAGGUCUGGGUUAUCUGUUGCUAGAAGUACCAGGAGUGCAGGUGCGAUUCAUACGAAUGGUGUAGGAAGAAGAUGGAUUGGUACUACCACGCGCACUUCGAGGACACAAGGUUUUGGGACUCGAAAUUCUGGAGCAUUUAUUACUGGAGCAGCUCUUGCCGCUGCCACAGCCACGAUCUACGCAUUCAACGCGGCACAAGUAGCACAUAACGAAGACCCUAACUCUAUAGCAGCCUCGAUUUCUGGGUCAAAAAACACUGCGCCGCUGAAGUUGGAGGACGACGGAAAACUCCAUACAUACGUAUGGGGUUCAAACAAAUAUAAUAUUUUGUCACCUGGUUCAGGUAAAGAUACCAUUCGAACGCCAGAGGAUGUCAUAUCCUGGACCGGUUUAGCCUUGCGAGAUCUAGCUUUUCACGAAAAGCACGCCGCUUGUGUCGAUGCCGCGGGAGAUGUCUACCAAUGGGGCGAUGCUUACUACGGAGAAGGAAACUCAAGUGGCGGGCCUCAAAGGACGUUGUCAGGAAAGAAUGUAUCUCAAAUUGCUUUAUCAGCUGCCAGAGUCUUUGCUCUAUCAGAAAAGACAGGAAAAAUAUACGUGCUAUCCCAGGAUUCAGAAAAGCAAACUAGAAAUGACACUACGGAAGGUUCCUGGUGGAACCUUGGUGGGUGGCUGGGUGGUAAUUUUCUGGUCGACUAUCUUGAACUGAAGGUUGACAGUAAGUUGAACCGCGGCGAAAAGUUUACAUCUAUCUCAGCGGGACGCGAUCACCUUAUUGCACUUACAUCUCAAGGACGAACAUUUUCACUGCCUAUUUCACUUUCUGCGAAUACUUAUGGUCAACUCGGUUUCCGUAAAUUUACGCUUCCAGAUAGCACCGCUGAAAAUCCAUCCAUUGCCCCACGCAUCCCUAUUGAACUAACGCCUCGUAUUUUGGAGGACCCUCAUGCACUCGCCACCCCCUUUGUGCGCACCGGACAAACAGGUUCAUCAACAUAUGUGGAUCCUGGUAUUGGCUUUUGUGAUAUGCUGUUUGAGAUUCCCUCGUUAAGGGGGCUGAAAAUUGCUCAAGCCUCGGCCGGGGACCGGUGUAGCUAUGUGAGAACCGAAGAUGGACGGGUCCUGACCUGGGGUGCUAAUUCGUUUGGACAACUCGGGCUGGGCGCUACGGUAGUUAAAGAAGCGGUGACUAUCCCUACAGAAGUAAUACUAUCUCGCAAUUAUCCGGCCGGAAGUAACGUGAAAUGCACUGGUCUAGCGACAGGCGGUGAUAUAGCGUACUUUGUUGUAGAUGUGAUUGCUCCCGAUAACACUGCUUCCGUAGAUGUAUUGGCAUGUGGUAUGGGUCAGUGGGGCGGCCUAGGAAACGGCCAAUUCUUGCAGUUACAGGGAGCCCCGGUUAAAGUCAAAUCUGUCAGUGGAAUUACCGAAUACAAUGAAGCUACGCGUUCCGUGCAACCGCUUCGGACGCGCUCGAUUUCGGUCUCGCCUGCCCCCCAGACAUCUCAUGCCUUGUUGACUCUCGACACCGGGACACUUGGCGAGGCCCCAAGUGCGCACCGAGCUCAUCCGGUGGGUCACGAUGUCCUCGUACUUGGUUAUAAUGCCGAUGGUCAGCUGGGCAACGGAAAACGCGCUAAUUUAUGUGUCCCGAGCCAUGUGUCUGCGCUUGGAGGUGUAGUUGGACGAAUGAUGCUCAAAAAUCGCGAAAAGGUCGCAUUGAUAGAUAUGCAGGGGCGCAGUUGCGGAAAAGGGAGCGUAGAGGAAACUGCCGUAGCCGGCUGGAACUAUUCCAAGUCCACACGCCCACGGCGCAAGGCUCAAGAUCGAUUCCAGCUCCACCGUCGCCCUUGCUUUACAUCCAGCCACAACAUAGCGAUGUCUGCUCCCGCGCAACAAGAUACUCCCAAACCUCGUGAAGAGUAUAGACUCCCGACAAAUGCACGCCCGACGCACUACGAUCUUACAAUCCAAACAGACCUGGAUGCACUCACAUUCAAGGGAUUUGUAAUCAUAGAUCUCGAUAUCGUGGAAGAGACCUCAAUCAUCACCUUCAAUUCAUCUAAUCUCAUUCUUCACGAGAAUGGCCUUAAUGUAACAUCGGAGGCCCUCAAGACUGAGCAAACCCAGAGCGUCAAGCUUACAGGGGUGGAUGAGAAGUCUGAGCGCGCAUCGGUGCAGCUUACUACUCCACUUCCCAAGGGAAGCAAGGCCAAAUUGCGGAUUGGAUAUGAAGGGAAGUUAACAGGAAGUAUGAUGGGAUAUUACUAUUCGUCCGCCCAUCACGAGGGCAAGCCAAGGAAUUAUACCUUGACCCAAUUUGAGCCUACCGCUGCACGGCGAGCAUUCCCAUGUUGGGAUGAACCCGCACUCAAAGCUACCUAUUCGGUUACUAUGAUUUCGCGCGAAGAUACAGUAUCGCUUUCCAAUAUGCCUGCCACUAACGAGAAGCCGUUUGUUGAGAGCGAAGUUAGCGAGAGCGAGAAAGGAGGUGUCGGAAAGUUGGUCAAAAUGAAGAUGAAGACUAAGGUCGAGGGUACAACAGUCAAUCAAAAGGGCUGGAAGAUAACAACUUUCGAGAAGAGUCCUCCGAUGUCUUCCUACCUCGUAGCAUUCGCUAAUGGACAUUUCGAGCACCUCGAAUCCUCUUAUACUUCACCUAUCAGCGGGAAGACCCGCCCAUUGCGUAUCUAUGCUACCAAGGAUAUAAUUCACCAGGCUCAGUUUGCACUCGACGUCAAAGCCAAGGUCCUUCCUAUCUACGAGAAGGUAUUUGAUGUCGAGUACCCCCUUCCCAAACUCGAUACUCUUGUAGCCAACGACUUUGAUGCUGGCGCCAUGGAAAAUUGGGGCCUGAUCACUGGUCGCACGUCUGUCUUCCUCUUCGACGAGAAGAAAUCUGACUUGGCGGCUAAGAAGCGGGUUGCGACUGUCCAGAGCCACGAGUGUGCCCAUAUGUGGUUCGGUGAUAUUGUGACCAUGAAUUGGUGGAAUUCUCUCUGGCUGAACGAGGGCUUUGCAACAAUCGCUGGGGAGGUUAUAAUUAUUGACAAGGUAUUCCCCGAGUGGCGCGUGCAUAGUGAAUUUAUCACGCACCACCUCGAGCGUGCUCUUGAGCUUGAUGCACAGCGAUCUUCUCACCCUAUAGAAGUGGAUUGCCCCGAUGCAAAUCAGAUCAACCAGAUUUUCGAUGCUCUUUCUUACUCCAAGGCAGCAUCGAUGCUCCGUAUGCUCGCGCGCUAUGUUGGAGAAGACACGUUCUUGAAGGGCGUGUCCAUCUACCUCAAGAAGCGCCUGUACGGCAACAGCGACCCCAAGGACCUAUGGGAUGGAAUUACAGAAGCUGCUGGUGUCGACGUUGGAAAGGUUAUGAAAAACUGGGUCUUCGAGAUCGGUUUUCCAUUCUUGACGGUAACGGAAACCGCCGAUGGUAUCCACGUUCGCCAAGACCGCUUCCUGUCCACUGGAGACGCUACAGAUGCGGAAAACCAGACAAUCUGGCAUAUUCCUCUCUCACUACUCACCGUCGGAGCCGAUGGUAAAGCCACUGUAGACCACAGCAUCGUCCUCUCCGAACGCGAAACUGAUAUCAAGCUCGAUACCAGCAGACCUUGGAAGCUUAAUGCGGGAACUGUUGGUGUAUUCCGUAGCGCAUAUACACCCGAGAGGUUGGCCAAACUUGGAGAAGAAGCCUCGCGUUCGGGGAGCGUAUUUAGUCUUGAAGAUCGUGUUGGCCUCGUCUCCGAUGCUAUGGUCCUUGCUCGUGCAGGAUAUGGCAAAACUAGCGGAGGAUUGAAUCUCAUCUCUCGUUUGCAUGACGAGAGCGAACACCUUGUAUGGGAAGGAAUUGCAUCGCACUUGAACACGAUCGAGAAGGUCUGGUGGGAGCAACCGGCAGAACAGCUCGAAGCUCUUAAGGCUUUCCGUCGAUACCUUUUCACUCCUUUGGUUAAGAAACUUGGCUAUGAUUUCGACGAUAAUGAUGCCCCAGACGUUCGCCAAUUACGCACACUUGCGAUCACUCAGAGUGCCACUGCCCAGGACGAAACUGUUAUCAAGGAGCUUCGCUCACGAUUUGCUCAUUUCCAUUCUACCGGCGAUGACUCUAAGAUCCCCGCUGACCUCCAACGUAUCAUCUACCGCACGGCCGUACAUUACGGUGGUGAGGAGGAGUACGAGGCUGUUAAAAAAAUUGCGGAAAACCCGCCUACACCUUCCUCUAAGAUCGCCGCUAUGUUGGCAAUGACGUACGCUCAAGACAACUCACUGGUCGAGAAGACACUCCAGUAUAUGGAUACAAGUGUUAAGGAUCAGGAUAUCAUGUACUACUUUGCGGGCCUCUCUGGAAAUCGCGCAAGCCGUCGACGUAUCGCCAAGUAUUUCAAGGAGAAUUAUGAGAAGAUUUACAAGCGUUUCGAAGGCAACUUCUCUCUCAACUACCUUGUCAAGUAUUCGUUUGAUAGUUUCUCUACUGAGAAAGACGCUAAAGAUGUGGAGGAGUUCUUCAAGGACAAAGACACUUCCAAAUACAACCUUGCUCUGGCUCAGACCCUCGACUCGAUCCGUGCGAGCACCAAAUGGCUUGAUCGUUCCCGGGACGAUGUUGCGGAGUGGCUGGCUGAUUGGGAGAAAAAGAUGAAAGCAUGA